AAGGGCCCUUGUUUUUAUUUCCUGGGCUUUUGUCAGUGUCAAUGUGAUCGGCCGAGCUAUUUCUCUCUCUCUCUCUCUCGCCGGAUCCACCAAGUCGCCGUACAGAAGGAAGAGAGAGGAACAGAAGGAGGAGGAGGAGGGUGGAAAACUUGUAAAAACUUUCCCAGAAUUUCUUUUUAAAACAGCCCCCUAAACAAAUAGUCAUCUCAUCCCACACCCCCCACCUCCUCAAACAUGUCUAGAGAAAGCCUGGUUUAAAAAGUGCACAGGCAAAACGGGAGAGAGGGAAAGAGAGAGAGUGUGUGUGUGAAUGAAAGAGGGCGAACUCUGCAAUAGCUUCAUGGCUCCAUAGGUCUCAUACACAGAUACAUGAACUCGCUGGAACUUUUGCAAGUGGUCCUUUCAAGAAACCUGGCGUAGGGGAGAAACUGUUACCAUCUCCGGGAAGUUCAAGGAAUUGGGAAUGGAGUGUUGGAAGUCGAGGAGCUGGCUGCUGGAAGCCGGUGUGAUACUAAUUGCUGCACUUCUACACCAGUGCUCAACAAAGCCGACAGAGAGCGCGGUCGACAUCCUGCAAGUGCUGAACCUCCAGGAUACCACGGAAGGAGUGGUGAAUGUGGCGGGAUUCUGCACACAGCGAAAAGGCUCUGAAGACACUGACUUUGCACUCCGGGUGGAAAACAAGACACACUUCACCGCCCUAACCACGCAGUUAUAUCCAGAUGGGAGCUUCCCUGAGAACUUCUCCAUCCUAACGACACUGAAGGCCAAGAAAAACGCCCAGUUUUUCCUCCUGUCGGUGUACAACGACCAGGGCAUCCAGCAACUGGGCGUGGAGAUUGGCCGCUCUCCCGUCUUUCUGUACGAGGACCAGACGGGCAAACCCACACCGGAGGAUUACCCCAUCUUCAAAAAAAUCAACCUGUCAGAUGGCAAGUGGCAUCGGCUGGGAAUCAGCGUUGAAGGGAAGAACGUCACGUUGAUCGUUGACUGUGACCAGCGGAUCACCGAGCGUCUGGCCAGGAGCGACAACCCCGUGGUCGAUACCAACGGCGUGGUGGUCUUUGGUACCAGGAUCCUGGAUGAGGAAGUGUUUGAGGGUGAUAUCCAGCAGCUGUUAAUGUCGCCUGAUCCCCAGGCAGCCUACACCUACUGUGAGGAUUACAUCCCCGACUGUGAUGCCGCCCUACCCUACGCCCUGCAAUCCCUCGUGCCCACCUACGAUGACGAGACGGUGACUUCCCGGCCACGCCACAAAAAAAAGAAGAGAGACCGCAAGCGCUCUAGAAAGAAGGGCAAGGGCAAAGGCAAAGGAAAAGGAAAAGGCAAAUCAAAGAAAUCGAAAAAAAACCGCAGGAAGAAGGAGAAAGAUCGUGCCGCUCGGCAAAAGAUAGACACACUUAGAGUUGGGGAAAAGGACACUGAGCCCAUUGCAGAGGGAGAGGUGGACAAUGUUUACGACUACUUUCUCGGCCCAGAGUACUACACGGACUUGGAGUCAGCGAUCUACAACGCCUCGACCACUAUCGAUGCAGUGGAGGGAAACGCGAUGGACCAUGAGAGCAUGCGGGAGGAAUUCAUUGAGGAAUCGGAGGGUCCCUUCACCGAUGAACACGAGGACUACGAUGCAAAUGGCUACGAUUACGCCUUCAAGGAAGACGAGGACCAUUGGAACCAAAGGUUGGGAUCAUCCGAGUGGGAGGAUUCAGACACGCAGGAUACGAGGCAGAGGGGUGAGAAGGGGGAGAAGGGCGAGCCAGGGGUUAUCGAACCGGGAAUGCUCUUGCCAGGACCUGUGGGACCUGCGGGACCUGAGGGUCCACCAGGUUCUCCCGGGUUCGUUGGUCCUCCUGGUUAUACCGGAGACCCAGGAAAAAUGGGACCUCCAGGAAGACCCGGUUUGCCAUGUGCGGACGGAAUUCCCGGACCUCCAGGAACCAUGCUGAUGUUCCCGUUCCAGUAUGGAGGGAAUGGAGCAAAGGGCCCGGCGAUCUCGGCCCAGGAAUCACAGGCCCAGGCCAUUCUCCAGCAAGCCAGGCUUGCAAUGAAGGGUCCAUCAGGUCCGAUUGGCCUCAUGGGAAGACCAGGACCAUUGGGUCUCCCAGGCAACAUGGGUCUGAAAGGUGAUGCAGGAGAAAUGGGCCCAAUGGGUCCUGUUGGAAUUACCGGCCCCUUUGGGCCUCUGGGAAGACCUGGGAGAAGGGGCCGACCUGGAGUGAAUGGAAUCCGAGGGUUGCCAGGUGAACCAGGUACCAAGGGUGACAGAGGUUUCGAUGGCUUGGGCGGGCUGCCUGGCCCCAAGGGUUAUCGGGGUAAUGUUGGUCCGCAGGGUCCACCAGGCUCUCCGGGAGACGAUGGGCUCAGGGGAGCGGAUGGAACGAUCGGGCCAAGAGGGUUGCCGGGUGAACCGGGUUCAAGAGGCCUUCCUGGAUCGAGGGGAUCGAUUGGGCCUCCCGGACAGCUGGGUAUAACUGGUACUGACGGUUCCCCGGGUGCAAAGGGAAACCUGGGCCCUCAAGGUGAUCCUGGACCUCCAGGGCAACAGGGCAACCCAGGACCUGAGGGGUUUCCUGGACCUCAAGGCUCUAUUGGAUUUCCUGGAGAUAAAGGACCUUCAGGCAAACAAGGACUGCCAGGGCUUAAUGGAGCAGACGGCCCAACGGGUCACCCCGGUCGAGAGGGCCCAGCAGGUGAAAAGGGAACCAUGGGCCCCUUGGGCGCACAGGGUCCCAUUGGCUAUCCUGGAGUCCGCGGUGUUAAGGGUGCUGAUGGAGUCAGAGGAAUGAAGGGACAUAAGGGCGAGAAGGGUGAAGAUGGAUUUCCGGGCUAUAAGGGUGAUAUGGGACCCAAAGGAGACAGAGGCAACGCUGGUUUACUGGGCCAGCACGGCGAGGACGGGCCCGAAGGGAUCAAAGGGCAGUUCGGUCCCUUUGGCGAUCGAGGGUCAAGAGGUCAAGCUGGCGAGAAGGGAACACUGGGAAUUCCGGGCCUGCCAGGGUACCCCGGCCGGAAGGGGCCAAAGGGUUCGCUGGGAUUUGUGGGAUCCACAGGAUUGAGCGGGGAAAAGGGCAGAAGGGGCAGAGCUGGAGCUCCAGGCAGCGGAGGGGCCCGUGGGUCCGUGGGGGAAAGAGGUGAAAGAGGACAUCGAGGAUCACCAGGGAAACCAGGCACCAAGGGUAAUGCUGGCAUUGAUGGUCCACAAGGCAUGCCGGGUGUAAAGGGACCUCCAGGACCUCAAGGGCUAAAUGGCUUCUCAGGGCCAAAAGGACCUCCGGGACCUGGAGGGAAGGAUGGAAUCCCUGGACAUCCAGGGCAACGAGGAGAAGCUGGUUUCCAAGGGAAGAAUGGUCUUCUUGGUCCACCUGGAGUAGUGGGACCUCAGGGUUCCUCUGGCGAUAAUGGGCCGUCUGGAGAACGUGGUCACCCAGGGGCACCUGGACCUCCGGGUGAACUGGGCAUCCCAGGUACGGCUGGAAAGGAAGGCAUGAAGGGAGACCCAGGCCCCAAUGGUUUUCCCGGUAAACAUGGUCCACCAGGAUUGCGGGGAUUUGAAGGAGGGCGAGGCUUAGAAGGAGGACCGGGUUCUGCUGGGCUGAAAGGAGGAGAAGGACCUUCAGGUCCAUCUGGGCCAACGGGUCCCAUAGGCGAACGUGGACUGAAUGGACCAGUUGGUGCCAUCGGUCUUCCUGGUCGUCCAGGGGGCAUCGGACCCCCAGGUCCCGUUGGAGAUAAGGGAAUGCCAGGGGACAGAGGCCUCUUGGGACCAGCGGGCCACGAUGGGAUCCAGGGGUCGUUGGGUCUGCUCGGACCCACUGGUCCAUCAGGCCUACCAGGAGAUGAUGGCGACAAGGGUGACUUAGGAAAACCAGGACAGAAAGGCAGCAAAGGAGACAAAGGAGAAUAUGGUCCACCUGGCCAGAUGGGGAUCCAAGGCCCAAUUGGGGAGCCAGGCCCAAUAGGGUCUGAUGGUGAACCAGGGCCUCGAGGGUUACAGGGCAUGCGUGGCAGGAAAGGCGAUGAUGGUAUUCGAGGAUAUCCAGGUACCUCUGGUCCUGUUGGGCUCCAGGGAAUGCCAGGUCUUCCGGGUGAUAAGGGCGAAAGUGGAAAUGUCGGAUUGAUGGGCCCCUCGGGUUCCCCUGGUGCCAGAGGACCUCCCGGCUCCAAUGGUGGCAGUGGCCAGGCAGGUCUACCAGGUGGUAUUGGCUCUCCAGGAUCGGUGGGUGAAAAGGGUGAGAUAGGAGAAGCUGGAGAUCCUGGUCCUUUUGGAGAGCCUGGCAUUGCCGGUAUAAAGGGGGAAUUGGGCGAGAAAGGAGAUUCAGGCCCUCCUGGAGCAGCAGGACCUGCAGGUGACAAAGGCCCUCCAGGUGAAGACGGAGCCAAGGGCAACGUGGGGCCGGCUGGUUUCCUUGGUGAUUCGGGUGCAACAGGCGAGCCAGGAGAUCCCGGUGUGGACGGCAUAGUUGGCGAGAAGGGCAGCCUUGGCGAUCCUGGUCUCACGGGCCCUCCAGGUGCAUCGGGAGAACCCGGGCCUCCUGGAGCUCCGGGAAAACGAGGACCCCAUGGACCAGGAGGGCCUGAGGGUCGCGAGGGCCUGAAAGGUUCAAAGGGCUCGCCAGGUCGAACAGGCCCCGUAGGCAGGACUGGGCCGAGGGGACCUCAAGGUUCACCAGGAAACUCUGGACCUGAAGGUCUGAGAGGGAUUCCUGGGCCAGGAGGAGAGCAAGGUCUUUCAGGGCCUCCUGGUCAGAAUGGACCGCCUGGCCCCAUGGGACCUCCAGGAAUGCCAGGUCUUAAGGGGGACCAAGGUCUAAAAGGUGACAAGGGCCAUGUCGGUUUGAUCGGCCUCAUUGGUCCUCCCGGUGACAUGGGGGAAAAGGGAGAUAGAGGUCUCCCGGGAAACCAAGGAACGCAAGGCAUCAAGGGAGACAUUGGAGUUCCAGGGUUCGGAGGCCCCACAGGACCCCCAGGGUCUCCUGGGUUGCCCGGUCCACAAGGUGAGAAGGGUUCUAAAGGUUCAGAAGGACCCGGUGGUCUGAGAGGAGACAAUGGACUCCCUGGUCCACCUGGGUCACCGGGCCCGCCGGCUGAGGUGAUCCAGCCACUGCCACUGUACAAGAGGAAGACGCGCAGGCACGCCGAGGCGGAGCAGGCUGACGACAACGGGGAGAAGUUCCUCGACUACACCGACGGCAUGGAGGAGAUCUUCGGGGCCCUCUCCUCGCUGAAGGACGAGGUGGAGCAGCUGAGGAGGCCCGUCGGCACUGCCACCAGCCCUGGCCGCACCUGCAAGGAGUUGUUGCUCUGCCAUCCCCACCUCAAAGACGGAGAUUACUGGAUUGACCCGAACCAAGGGUGCGCCAAAGAUUCCUUCAAGGUCUUCUGUAACUUCACAGCAGGAGGAGAGACCUGCAUCUCCCCAGACAAGAAGACCAAGGGGGUUAAAGUAUCCUCUUGGCAACGUGAUUCACCGGGGACUUGGUACAGCAAAUUCAAGCGGGGGAAGCAGCUGACCUACGAGGAUGCGGAUGGGAACCCUGUACACGUGGUCCAGAUGACCUUCCUCCGUCUUCUGAGCGCCACAGCGCGGCAGAGGUUCGUCUACAACUGCCAGCAGUCCAUCGCCUGGUACGACGUGAGCGUGCAGAGCUACCAGAGGGCGGUGCGGUUCCUGGGAGCCAACGGUGAAGAGAUGUCACACACCAACACACCGUACAUCAGUGCCAUCUAUGAUGGCUGCCAGCUGAGGAAAGGCUCGGACCACACGAUUCUCCAGAUUGACUCUCCGCGCGUUGUUGACCUCCCUAUCAAGGACGUGGCCGUGGCAGACUUUGGCGACCACCAGCAGAAGUUUGGCUUUGAGGUUGGCCCCGUCUGUUUCAACAGCUAAACCUCAGGAAACGAGCUCUGUGUGAACAAGUCUCCUCUCUCUCCUUCCUUUAUGCAAAAUGCACAGUCUCUCAAUGUGUCUCCAUUUAACCAUGCCGCAGAUGGGCUGUUCUUUUUAUUGUGUAUGAUUAACAAUAAAUAAUUGCUGCCCUUGUGGGGCCAAUGUCUUAUGACCUGUUGAAAAGGCCAAGUCAGUGCUCGGUGAACUUGGAACGGUCCCAAUCCCAUGUCACAAGGGUCUUCCUCCAAGUGCCCUAUCACACCCCUGAAGACUUGAACACCAAGUACUCUCCCACCACAAAGUGUCCUUCCUCCAGCAAGAUCGAACCAUUGAUCCAGUUCUUUAACACAUGGAGGGUGUGAGCUACAGGGAGAGGUUGAGCUGCCUGGGGUUCAAUUCCUUGGAGAGCAGGAGGAGGAGGGGUGAUCUUAUAGGGGUGUACAAAAUCAUGAGUGGAAUAGUUCGGGUAGACGCACAGAGUCUCUUGCCCAGAGUCGGGGAAUCAAAGGUUUUAAGUGAAGGGGGAAAGAUUUAAUAGGAACUUGAGGGGUAUAUUUUUCACACAGAGAGUGGUGGGUGUAUGGAACGAGCUGCCAGAGGAGAUAGUUGAGGCAACGUUUCAGAAACAUUUGGACAGGUACAUGGAUAGGGCAGGUUUGGAGGGAUAAGGGCCAAACGCAGGCAGGUGGGGCCAGUGUAGAUGGGAUAUGAUGGUUGGCAUGGGAAUGUUGGGCUGAAGGUCCUGUUUCCACACUGUAUCAUUCUAUGUCAUUUAUCUAUGAAAUGUGAAGCAACAGUCAGUGGGACACAGAAUCAUGCACAGCAUAACACUGCAGCCUUGGUGUUAAAAUUGAGAAAGCAAUAUAUAUAUAUAUAUAUAUAUAUAUAUAUAUAUAUAUAUAUAUAUAUAACCAUUUACAUUGAAAUGGCUCCAUCUCAAGAGUGGUUUGUAUCUUGUUAGGGAACAGCAGUUGGUGUGAUUAUGGUACUUGAGAGGUAUCUCCAAGCCCAGCUUAUUGAAUCAGUGAUAUGAGUUCAAAUCCCAUCAAUAAAUCUGGAAGAAAAAUUCUCCCAUCAUUUGCAAAAGCUAUUACAUCUCUGUAAAGCCCAUCGAACCUUUUCGUUUGGUUUAGAGAUACAGCACGGAAACUGGCUGUAUCUCCAAGCCACCGAAUCCUCGCCGACCAGCGAUCCCCGCACAUUAACACUAUCCUACACACACACUAGGGACAAUUUACAGUUUUUACCAAAGCCAAUGAAACUACAAACCUGUACGGCUUUAGAUUGUGGUAGGAAAUCGAAGAUCUCGGAGAA